ACUACUGGGACUGAUAAGAGAUGGCGAGUAAAACAAACGAGAAUCUUAAUAUUAUAUACAUGUAUAUUUUUGUGAACUAUUUAAUUUGAGCUUUUAAUGGAUAUGCUUAUAUUAUCAUUUAUAUUUCAGUCUUUAAUAUUAAUUUUUGAAAUUAUUUUUGUUCUCAAUAAUAACAAAUAGGAAGAUUGUGUUAUUCUAAAAAUACUCAAAACAUAAGCGUAGUAACGGCUGCUAAGGCCCAGAAUUCCUCAGAACGGCGCGAGCUCUAAUCUUGAGAGGUUGUGUGUUAGAAUGGACGGCACUUCGACAGGGCAAGGAAGCGACGGAGUGGAGUUUUUUAAAGUCGGAGAUCUUGUAUGGGCCAAAAUGAAGGGCUUCUCGCCGUGGCCAGGCCAGGUGACCAACCCAAACAAGGAUAUCAAAAAACCAGUUUCAAAAAAACAUGCCUUGUACUGCAUCUUCUUUUUUGGGACAAAUAACUAUGCCUGGAUAGAAGAGACAAAUGUCAAACCAUAUUUUGAAUUCAAGGAUCAGCUAAUCAAAACCAAUAAAUCUGGCUCUUUCAAGGAUGCUAUUGAAGCAAUUGAAGAUUACAUUAAGUCUUCUAAAGGAGGGAAGUUGAUCCCUAUGGACCCAGAUGCAGAAUUCAACAAGUUAAAAGAUGCUGAAAAAGAGGACAAAGAGAAACGUCCUUCAAUUAAAAAGGAACAACUUGAAAGAGGAGCAAGAAAGCCUAGUUGGUCUGUGAAGUUAACCAGAGGAAUUGAUAUGUCUGGUAAUGCAGACACACAUUACCCUGCUAAGCAGGGAGUAAGGAAAAAAAGAUUGGUGAUGUCACCCAAGAAGCGUCCUCCAUUGUCAAAAAAUAGGCCACCCAAAACUAACAAGAAAGUGAAUCCAUCCGUCCAACGUAGCAAAACGGAUGACGGUGCAAGCAAGAUCAUGAAACGCACGUCGUCAGACACGGGGAACGAGCGCAUGCCUGUCAAGAGACGGAAGAAGCGGUCUAGUUCAAUGGACGACAGCAUGCGACAGCGGGAAGGCUCACCAGUUGCCAAUCACAGCCCAAGUAGGCGGCCUCCUGCUGUCAACUUGUUGGACAGGCCGACCAACAUACCAUGUCUUGAAGCUCCAUCUUUGGAUGUGGAAAGUGUGACUCAGACACUGAAGGAAAAGAACAUAAAGGCAUCGGAACUGAAGUUUGGCUUCCUGGGUCUUGGUAUUAUGGGAUCAGGAAUUGUGAAGAAUCUACUUAAUUCUGGCCACCGGGUCAUCGUCUGGAAUAGAACACCGGAAAAGUGUCGAGACUUUGUGAGGGCAGGUGCAGAACAAGGCCAAACCCCAUCUGAUGUCAUUUCCAUGGCCGACAUUACGUUUUCCUGUAUAGCCGACCCAGCCACUGCAAAGGAGAUUGUGUUUGGAAAUUGUGGUGUUGUGUCUGAAAUGUCAACGGAUAAGGGCUAUGUUGAGAUGACCAGUAUUGACUCUGAAACAUCUAUUGAUAUUUCAGAGAGCAUUGUAGCCAAAGGUGGACGUUACCUGGAAGCACAGAUACAAGGCAGUAAGACCCAAGCAGAAGAAGGAACGUUGGUCAUCUUAGCCGCCGGUGAUCGAAGUUUAUUUGAUUCAUGUCAAACCUGUUUCAAGGCUAUGGGCAAGAGCUCAUUUUUCUUAGGAGAGGUGGGCAACGGCUCGAAGAUGAACCUGGUGCUGCAACUUGUGGCGGGGGUGAACCUGGCGGGGCUCGCCGAGGGCAUGGCGCUGGCCGACCGGGCGGGGCUGCAGCAGAAGGACGUCAUGGAGGUGCUGGAGCUCACCGCCCUCGCCUGCCCCAUGAUCCUGGAGAAGGGCAAAGCGAUCGUGGAAGGGCAGUUCCCCACGCACCAGCCCCUGCAGCACAUGCAGAAAGAUCUGAAGCUGUCGCUGAUGAUGGGCGACCAACUGGAGCAGCCCUUGCCUCUCACGGCGACCACCAACGAGCUGUUCAAGCACGCCAAGCGCCUGGGCUACGGGGAGCAUGACGCCUCGGCGGUGUACAUCCGCGCCCGCUUCUAGCCGCCGGCCGCGGGGCCCCUUCCCUCAAACUUACCUUAGGGACUUAUUUUUAUACUGUAUUUUUAAAAAGAAAAAAUUGCAAUAGCACCAUAGAAUCAAUGUCGAUGUCAGACUUUAGAGAACACGAUUUCAUUAGCGGACAUCUACGGUACAAAAUAAAAUGUUGAGGAUGUCGGUAUGAAAAAAAAAAAUAAGGUUGUUUGCUGGAUUAAAAUGUGGAUAUUGUUGUAGAGGAGCAAAUAUUUACAAAUGUUACACAACAAAUUAUAAAAUUUGUUAAGACACCUGUGACAGCUAAGAUAAAGGAUUGUUAAGGUUUCUUAUGGAAUGUGACUGAUUUGAAAGAGUUUAUUAUAAAUAUUGACUUUUGUUAUGGAUGUACUUUUCACAGACGAUAAUGAAAUCUUGAUUUAAUGCUGUUUAUGGACAGGUGUUUUGGCACUUUGUCGUUCACUUUCAUUUUAAGUGUGAGGUAGAAAUAUGUUGGCUAUGAAGCAGUAGAAACACUUGGUGAACAUGAAAAAGAAUGUGCAGUGAGUGCACAGAAUAACUGGCAGUUUAAAAAAUAAUCAUGUAUGUGUUUCUGUGUGCUAACAGUGAAAUUACAGCACGUGAUCAAUAUCUUUGCAUUAUGUAUACAAUAGAAAUAAAACAAUUAUGAUGACCAAAACAA